AUGGAAUACCUAUUUUUCCUCACUUCCUCGAAGGCGUCCACUACACUGCGGUAUCUCCGCCAUAAGAAGUUUUAUUGCAGCUCGUAAAAUCUCAAGGGUUUGCGGGGUGCAAAACCCAAAAACCUAGUUUUCGGUUCAGCCAUCAUGAACUGCUGCAUCUCCGGCGAGGUGCCCGAAGAGCCAGUAGUGUCGAAGAAGUCUGGGUUACUCUAUGAGAGGCGUUUAAUUGAGAGGCACAUUGCGGACUAUGGAAAGUGUCCAAUUACUGGAGAACCUCUUGCUUCGGAUGACAUAGUUCCAGUAAAAACAGGCAAGAUAGUGAGGCCCCGGCCUGUACAGGCAGCAAGUAUCCCAGGCAUGCUUGGAAUGUUCCAAAAUGAAUGGGAUGGACUGAUGCUGUCUAAUUUUGCAUUGGAGCAGCAAUUACACACAGCAAGGCAAGAGCUAAGUCAUGCUUUAUAUCAACAUGAUGCUGCUUGCCGAGUGAUUGCAAGGCUUAAAAAGGAAAGGGAUGAAGCAAGGUCAUUACUUGCACAAGCAGAAAGGCAGUUCCCUGUUUCCGCACCAAAUACAAUGACAGCAAAUGCUGUUGCUCUCAGCAAUGGGAAAAGAGCUGCUGAAGAUGAGGAACUGGCCCCUGGUGGGAAGAAAAUACAUACUGGAAUCACCACUGCCAUAAUUGAUGAGCUGACUGAGUGUAAUGCAUCUCUGUCACAGCAGAGGAAAAAGCGGCAGAUUCCUGCAACUUUGGCUCCUGUUGAGGCUUUAGAGGGAUAUACCCAAAUAUCCAGUCAUCCCUUUCACAAAACGAGCAAACCAGGAAUUGUAUCUAUGGAUAUCCUUUAUUCUAAGGACUUAAUUGCUACUGGAGGGCUAGAUACGAAUGCUGUAAUUUUUGACCGGCCAUCAGGGCAGAUAUUAUCCACACUCAGUGGUCACUCAAAAAAGGUUACAAGUGUGAAAUUUGUAGCUCAGGGUGAUCAGUUUUUAACCGGUUCAGCAGACAAGACAGUUCGUUUGUGGCAAAGCUCAGAUGAUGGUAACUAUGUCUGCAGACAUGUAUUGAAGGAUCACACAGCUGAGGUGCAAGCAGUCACUGUCCAUGCUACCAACAAUUACUUCGUCACUGCUUCCCUUGACAACACGUGGUGCUUUUAUGAGCUUUCUUCAGGGACAUGUCUGAAUCAGGUUUCAGACUCUUCUGGAUCUUCUGGAGGCUAUACAUCUGCAGCUUUUCAUCCUGAUGGUCUCAUUCUUGGAACUGGCACUGUAGAAGCUCUUGUUAAGAUCUGGGAUGUAAAAAGUCAGGCAAAUGUUGCUAGAUUUGAUGGACAUGUAGGGGCUGUGACUGCUAUAUCCUUUUCUGAGAAUGGUUACUUCCUCGCGACUGCAGCUCAUGAUGGUGUCAAACUAUGGGAUCUACGAAAACUGAAAAACUUCCGGACUUUUACUCCAUAUGAUCCAGACACUCCAACAAAUUCGGUGGAAUUCGACCAUAGCGGUUCCUACCUUGCAGUUUCAGGAUCUGAUGUAAGGAUUUACCAAGUUGCAAAUGUGAAAUCUGAAUGGAACUGCAUUAAAACUUUCCCUGAUUUGUCUGGAACAGGAAAAGCCACCUGUGUUAAAUUCGGUCCAGAUGCAAAAUAUGUAGCAGUCGGAUCGAUGGACCGUAAUCUUCGAAUAUUCGGCCUGCCCAGCGAAGAUGGCACUACUGAGUGAUAAGCUGCCACCAGUUGGGAACGUCCAAUUUGAUGGAUUGAAAGCAAAAGUUGCUGCAGUUGUAGUUUCAAUGCGUGGUCUACUUUGGUGGAUUUGAAGAGUCAAUGAAAGUUGUGAUUCUUCUGAUUGUUGAGUGUUUUGGAGCUUCUGGAUGGAGGCAGUGUACUUCCAGAAUUUCUGCAGCAGCGUUACUUGUAUUGUUGCCCUUGUCCAUAAUCGGAGAGGACUGGAAACAUAAAGCAUACGAUUAAUCUGUAUUAUUCUUAGCAGUUAGAUUAUUUUGUAAUGUGAUUCCUUACUAGUGAGGUAACUGAAAUUUGUCGGCCAUUUUCUAUUUUCUUGUACUAAUUUUGAAGAUUCUAGCAUUUUUGUUGAUUUAA